UAUUUUCAAUGCACUGUACUGUUUUCCUAUUGGAUAAAUCACGGGAGCGCAUGGGUGCCGCCAUUUUGCAAACAUUUUCCAUAGACUUACGUGUAAAAACGUGCAACUGAGUGAAAAAGCCAUGUCGUCAGACGAAAAAGCAAAUGGUGUUACGAUGGCGAAUGAACAGAAAGACGAAGAGAUGAAAACUAACACAGCAGAAGAGGAUGAGAAGAAGGAUGCUCAAGAUCAGAAAGAUGAACAAGAUGUAGAAGGUGACAAGGAAGGAGAAGAGGAUGAUGAUGAGGAGGAGGAAUCUUCAUCAGAAGAAGAACUACCAUUGGGUUCUGUUGAAGCACCUGUUCAAAUCAUGACUGGAAAGAGAGACAGAAAGAAGGUGGAACGACUUGUUAUGAAAGAAACGCCCAAGACUCCGGAGAAGCAGUUUGUUGUCCCUGUUGGUAAAGGAGUCAAACUUGCAGACAUCCCAAUAGUUCACCAUUUCAUAGAGAAGACAAAGGCACAAGAUCUCAAACCACUUCAUAAAUUCCUGUUUGGAAAGUUUGUUAGGGAUCACAGAGAAACAAAGAAGAAUAUCAGACUCUUCUCAGGAUUCGACUUCACGAAAGAAGAUAAUGAAUACGCCAAGAGAGAGGCUAUCUUGUGCAAAUUCACAAUGGAAGGAAUAAAAGAGUUGUGCACCACUCUUGAUGUAGAAAAGAAAGGGAACAAGGAUGUUAUCAUGGAGAGAUUAAUGGAUUUUUGUAUGAACCCACAACCUUCGGGUAGACCUGUACCACAAAAAGGGAAGAGAGGGAAACCGAAAGGAGCAAAGAAGACGAAAUCGAAGAAGCCAAAGGGUAAGGGAAAGAAAGGUGGCGGCGAUGCAUCAACAGGAGCAGAAGAAGAUGGAGAUACCACGAUAGAUGAUGGAACGGAAGGUGAUGCGGAAGGAGAUGGUGGUGAUACCAGUAUGACAGAAGGGGAGUCUAAACCAAAGAAGAAGAAACCCAAGACUCCGAAGCCAAAGAAAUCAGAAGCAAAACCCAAGUCGCCCAAGAAGAAGAAGAAUGCCAACAAGACUCCGACAAAGCAGACCAAGAAAUCAAGUCCGGUCAAAUCACCGAAGAAAACACCAAAGAAGAGGAAGCAUGAUGAUAUCGGUGGUAACAGUUCUGAUGAUGAACCUCUGAUGAAGAAAGCUAAUGCACCACCUACAGAUAAGCAGAUCAAAGAGACGGUAAAGACAAUUCUUGAAGGAGCCAACCUAGAGGAAGUUACGAUGAAGAUGGUUUGCAGAAAGGUGUAUGAUAUCUAUCCCCAACAUCCUUUACAACACAAGAAAGAUUUCAUCAAGUCAACGGUCAGAGAGAUUAUUUCAUGAUGUACACCAGCUGCCUUGUAAAUGUUUAUUGUCUUCUGGAAAUAGCCAUGGAAUGAUUGCCAAGGACGUCUCAACCAAGCGUCGGUCGCCAAGUGGAUCCUUCUGAUUCCCCCCAUCAAGAAUCUACAGUAGUGUAAAAGGAGCCCUAGAUGUCGUUGGUCACCCGCUUGAAUCGGUCUGAUUUCAUCUUAGAGAAUCUUAUAGGAUAUGGGGGUGUUUCACAAAGAUUUAAGUAUGCCUUAGAGUCGCACUUAAUUGCUGACGCGUGUAUGAUAUGUAAUGCGCAAUCUUAUUGACCAAUACACAGUAGUGCGCAUCCUCUUGGCAUGAUCUGACUAAUGCGGUCAUGCCUUUUAUAACGCACUCAACUAGACAUUUAAGUGCGACUCUAAGUCAUACUUAAAUCUUUGUGAAACACCCCCGGUCUAUAGAAAUAAGGUUGACUAGAAUAUGCAAAAAAAAAAUGUGUUAAUAACAUCUUCUAACUCGAAUUUCACCUAAGUCCAACAAAUUUCUGUGGUCCCAAGGGAUUUGUCUUAGGCAGAGUCACCUUAAGUGGUAGAAGAAGAUUUCCCAGUCAAUGAGGAUAGGAACAACAACAAUGGCUGGAACACUUGUGUUACUUGUGUGAAUCAAUCAUGGGGCCUGUUACAUAAAACUGUCAAUCAACAGAAACUCUAUUAUCAAUGGUGACUACUAUGGCAACCCUGUCCACUAGCCAAUCAGAAUCAAGGUAUCUAUUUAAGUAACCAUUGAUGGCAAAGAUACCCGUUUAACAAGGUUUGUGCAACCACACCCUGACCCUGGAAAUUAUAAGUUCAGGAUCUUGUUUCAUAAAGACAUGUUACAAUAACAAUGCACGACAUCUAUAACAAAUUUGGUAUCAGUCAAGGAGAUUGAAUGAUUUCAGUAGCUUUUAACUGUUAUUGCAAAGUUGUUAUAACGAGUUUUAUAAAACGGGCCCCAAAACUGCUUGUAAUCAGUAGCAAGAUGCAGUUGUUCCUUGCUGCUGUUGCUGCUGCUGCUGAAGCUCUUUGAUUUGAUUAGCUUUCAAAGAUCUAUGACAUACAUGAAAACACUGGUUGUUUAAUGCAGUAGGAUCUAAUCUUUGCUAGUCAUAUCCCCUGAAUUAAGGCCCACCCCCAACAAACCAUCUAUGUCCACCAUACUCGACUCGGUAUGCAGUUAAAAAUUUUACCAAUUAUUUUUUCCUGGCUAAGUAAUAUUUGAGAGCUUGUAUUCAAUUUACAAUCAGGUAUUUUAUUCAAUUGGGUCAUUUUUUAUUUUUUUUUUAAAGUCAAACCCUGGCAGACAUGGUGCUGCCCACUCCUGGCUUAAGAAGAAUACAAUGGAGAGAGAGAGAUCAUCAAGCUAAAUACUGCUCCAUUAACAUAAAAGAUAUGAAUGCUUGUUGAGUAGACAGCAGACUAUAAACAGCUUGAAUUCUUGAAACAUGUAGAUCAAAGCCUAUAGAAUUCAUAGGCUUCAGUUCUCAAUAGCUAGAAGAAUGCAGCAUCAGCCGAGAGACCAGAGUACCAUGUAUCUUUUUCAUCUCGACAGAGAACGUGCAUAUUAUUUGUUUCAGUAGUAUUGAACACCAGAUCAAGAGCUGUUGGUAAGAUUUCCUUGUAAUGGUAGUUUCUACUUUGCAAAGCAUAAUGCCAAUUGUAAAUGUAUGGUUACAUGAGAACAGAUGUCUGUUUUGUACUUAACCGUAACGGUCCAACUGCUUAAUAGUGAUAUUAAUCAUUGUCAUUUCUUUUUGAGGGUGUAGCCUUUAUCCUUCAUUGUUCUGAACGAUCUGCAAGAUGAUCAAAACAGUCAACACAGUAUCCAAGGUCUUUCUUCUUUCAAUUCGUGAUGUAUCUUUUGAGACCAAGUUUGUGAUAUUUGGGCAUGCAGUUUCAAAGGUAGCCAGCAGUUUGUGCUUAUUAAUUUGAUGGGAAUCCUACAAAUGUACAUGUAAUGUAUGUCUUGACCUUUCUUAGAUGGGGACCUAAAGUACUCUAAAUCUAAACUUGACCUUUGACCUUGGCAUGAGCUCUGUGUGUGGGUGUGUGGUUGUGUUUUAGUUUUGUUGUAGGGGAUUCACAAUGACUUUGUAAAUAGGAAAGCUUAAAUGAUGGUUUAUGAUGGCAUCAUUCCAGUAAUUUUUUUUAUAAGAAUUCAUGUUUUGCUUUAUCUUGUAAUAUAGAAGCUGUGAAGGAGGCAUAUCAUCAAACUAAAGCACCUUUUAUCUCUUGCAUAAUUAAUUCAGCUGAUCUGCUAUAGAAAUGGACAUUUGACCAGUUGUCUGCUUCAUUUCAUUAGGCUUUGAACAAAGACUACCUGGUUCCAGAAGGUGACCGGUAAAUCAAAGGUUUCAAUUAUAAUGUUAAAAAGUUUGUCAAAUAUGUAUAAAAUGGUAUAGAAAAUUUAAAAUAUUCAGAAUUUUAAGUGCGUUGUCCAGCUUUAGUUACCGUAUUUCACAGCGUAGAUACAAUCUGUAAAUUAUUGCAAAAUGGGGACAUACCAGACGUUUGCCUUUUUCACGCAUCAGCUUUUUUUUUCAGAUCAACAAGAACAGAAAUUGUGAAUUGAACAGAUUUACUUUGAAAUAUGAUAAUUUUGUAUUUUAUUUGGAUAAAUGUAUAUCUAUUUGUAAUUUCUGUUGUGAAGCAAUAAGGACAGAAAUUAUGAACGGUAGACCAGGGGAGUGGUUUCACCAAGAUUUAAGUAUGACUCAGAGUCACACUUGAAAUAAUGCCGAUGCAUACAUGGUAAUCAACGCGCAAAACUUAUUGAUAAAUGGUGCGCGUCCUCUUGUCAUGACCUGACCAAUGCAGUCAUGCCUUUUAUACCACACGCAACUAGGCAUUUAAGUGCGACUCUUAAGUCAUAUUAAAAUCUUUGUGAAACACCCCCCUGAUUUACUGUGGAAACUGACUGUUUUAUGUCUUAUGGUGAUAUUUGUACACCCAUUUGUAAUUUCUUUUAUUAUUGCACUUAUAAUUAUCAGCUUGAUUAUGAUUUUCUUGACUGUUAUUCAGCGUUGUGAGCUAGUACUGUACAGUAUAAAUUUUUGUGUCUACAGAGCCAUAUUCACAAUUUUGUAAGAUACUUUUGCCUGUAUCCUGAAGUUGAGUUUAAUUUAGUAAAGUUGUGGUUUAACUAUGGAUAGCCAAUAGUGCCAUAAAUCGCUAAAAGUAGAGUUCAAUGUAUCAACUCAUUUUACUCUCAAAUCAGUCAUAGCUGUCUGGUAAGGAUGAAUAUUGGUAGUUGUCUUCAACAUAUCAAUAUUAGUGAAGAUCACAGCACACAUAAGAAACCUACAAUGUAAACAAGAUGUUGACAUUUUUGGCUUCCCAUAAUUUUAGCACAAAGUUAAACCAGACUUCAGAAUGCGGGCCUUUGAGUCUUCUUUAGAGGUCUGCUGCAGAAAAACUUGCUAUCAGACGUAACUCAAAAAAUUUAAACACGCUUUCAUUUUCAACCAAUGACAUGCAAGUAUUAGGGACCUGUGCUUGAUUUCUUGAGUUGUGAUUAAAUGCAAGUUCUUUAUGCAACAGGCCCAAUAUGUUAUGCUGUGACAACAUUUUUUCAUAGUGGAGACAAAGUGAAUGACUUAAAGCUCUGUCACAUUGUUCCGUGCAAGCCAUGUGGGUAACUAUUUUUGAUACCAGCAGGUUGCCCUCAAUGAGAGUAUCUCGUACGUACAGUAUCUCACAUACAGUUGCCCGCAGAAGCGCAGGUAAGUCUGAUUUGCAUGCAAAAAUUUUUUUUGAACAUGCUGAAAACUUUGUUGCGGGUGUGCAAGUUGCAAGCAAUCAGCCGCAACUCACUUGCAAGGCAUGCAUUUAACGACAUGAUGGCAUAAAAGCUUAGAACAUACGGUAAUGCACAUAUGUUUCAAGUCUUAAAAAUGCAAGAGCCCAAAAUUUCACACAGAAGCUCAUCACAUCAUAAUGAUUCAUCAAUGUUAUUUAAUGUAAUUAAUUUGGAUCAUGGAGGUAGAACCUCCAUGGUUGGAUCUUGUCAAGUGUCAUAUAUCACUCUUGAAUUUAAAUAAUAUACAAAUUUAAUUUACAAUGAAUAUGGAAUUAAGUUAAUUGUACAUUCAUGGUGUGAUAUAUUUUCUAACCAGUGAAGGCAUACUCGCACUCAUCUCAUUUGAAUUAGCCAGAACUAGUGUCAUUUGCUGCUAUUCAUAUAUGUACAUUUCGACCAUGUUGAAUCCAUAAUUUGGUCUGGAAUAUGUAUGAAAUGUAAUGUAUAAUUUUUAUCUUGGUCAUCAUGCCUGUGUGUAAAGUUUUAGUCCAGUUUGUACAUUACCAUUUUUUAAUAAAACAAAAUCAAGUUAUGGAUACCUAAA